ACCGAGAGUGGCUGUGCGGGGAACGAUUCCGACCACACGAACCCCGACAGAGCGGUAGAGGUGCAGAGAAAGGGCAGGUGCUGUUGGUGUUUACCCGAUGCGGGUAUGGAGCUAUUGGUAUGCAGAUGGAGACUUCAGAGGUUCCCGGGGACCUGCUGCUGCAGCAUCCGCACUUCUCCUGCGUUAUUUUCUGCGUAAUCUGUCAUCAAUGGCGGGGUGAUGUGUUAUUCAGCCAUCAGCGUUCCGCUUCUGUUGCUUGAAUGCACCAUUUCCAGAAGAAGAAAAAAAAAAAACCCUCCUUACAUAUGAGCACUGCAGCUUCCUCCGAGCUGAAGAUGUUUGGCUGCAGACACGCUGGCUUAGCUCGAUCCCACUUGUUGGUCCCCUAAGUCACAAUCAGUGUCUCUGGAGGUGUCAGACGACACAUCAGCCCUGUUGUAUAUGUUUAGUCACGCAUAUGUUAAUGUCAGGAAGUCGCAAACUGGUCUGCCUCUGCAGGGAGUGGACAAAAUAAUCCAAACACCUCGUGAGGGGGAAAAAGGCCUAGAGCGAGUUAAUUAGAAGCGCAGUUACACAUGUGGCUGUUAUUAUCAUAGGUGCUAAUUAGCAGCAUUUGUCAGAUGUAAAAAUUAAAAAAAAAUUAAAAGGGGGGGGUGGGGAUGUGUGUUUGCGUGUGUGUGCGCGCACGCUUAAAAGCACCUCACGUAAUUAACUGCUCCAGAGAGGCCAAAUUAUAUGCAGGUGCACUGGUUGGGGGAAAAAAAGAAUGAAACACAAGAUUUACAAAUGCACGUGUGAUGUUUUUAAAUCAUUUAUUUUCUUCUGUUAUUAUUAUUUAUUAUUGAAUAGAAACAAAAACUGACAUUUUUUUAAUCACAAAUAGUUGCUCAUUAAGUUGAUUGAAGGUUACAUUUUUCUGUGGUCGCCUGUGGGCUGACGAAUAUUAAAAUAGUAAAACUGCAGACAAAUUUAAAGCAAAUGAAGAUCAUCGUCUAUUACCCUGCACCCUUUUUAGAGGUUCCCAUAAUAAGUUUGAGCUGAUUAAUGGGAUAGGAAAUAAGAUUUAAAUAAGAAUAAGAGACCAUAUUUUUGAUCCCAGAAUUCUACUAGAGUGGCUUUGCAUGGUUCAAAAUAUCCCUUAUUUCUCCUGCACAGUAUAUUCACUCUGAAACAAGUCGUUUUAGUCGUUGCCCCUCCCAUUUAAGACACCUAUCUAUCUGCCCCUUGCAGACACAAGGUUUGAGCAGGUAGGUGAGGCUUUUGGCUCACGCUCACAUGUUCUGAUCUUACAGUUUGAAACUGUUACAUUUCUGACAGAAAUAUAAGGGAACUCUUAAUGAGUACCCUUUAAUCUUGUUCAGACUCUUAAUGUUCCCUGACAUUUUCAGUUUCUUUUAAAUUAUUAAAGGAAAGAACAGAUUAGGGAAAACUGCAGGACAAAAACUCACGUCACAGGCAGUUUUGGACACGUCUCCAUUUGUAGUCAAGGCAGACUUAAUUUCCAUAUGUCCUAAUCCACAUUUGCAGCAGUGGCUGUCUUUGAUAUUCAGGUUCAAGUAAAAGCUGUAGAUUUAUUGUGCCUGCAUGAUUAAAGAGGCGAGCUGUCGGUCUCGCUGGAGGGAGCCGCUCAGAGCUGUACAUGCUGGACAUGUGUUGUGUUUAUCAGCCUUCAGCAUGAGUGACGUCUCACAGGUGUUUAACAGCUGAAGCUUUCCUCUGAACAGAGCUGGUUGCACCUUCAUAUCACGUCCUCCCAGAGUCCCUACCCACCUGUUUGCCUCUGACACUCAUUUACUUUCAUGGCUGACUUCAGUGUGAGCUUUUAAAUGCUGUCAGGGGCCUCGUCUUUCUUAGCCGCUUUGGAGGCCAAUCUGCUUAAGGAUAUCUGUCCACUCGUGCACAUGCUCACAGUUGCCUUUCCUGGUAGUCAGAUGGCCUGAAAACACGACAUAUUACAAAUCCAUCUUGUGCUCCGGCUACUGUAAGCCACAUUGUAGAUUUUGCUGACCCAUCACAUCUGCUCAGUGUGGCCAUGUGUGUUUGUUGUGAAGUUAGUUAGGUAGCGCUAUCAUUUUAAUCUGCAGCUUUGCAAUGAGGAGGCCCAGCUGGAGCUGCUUACCCGUGCUGGUCACAUGCCAUAUGUGUGCUCAGACGCAUUGGAAACUGCCACAAUUGCGCUCGCCUCCCUCCACCCCAACCAUUCUAACCGGUUGCACAGGCUUAUCGUGGCUUUAGCAUCUGUGCGGUAAAUGUAGGCCAUUGAUGUUUGCUUGUCAGGCUGGUGGUUUAAACCAGUGAACGCAAGCUGUGACUUUUAGUCGUUUGUGCGCUGUGCCGUGAUACCAUCUCUGCACGUCCACGAUGAAGCUGAGGUCCAGGAGUAGAGAAAGAAUGGAGACAAGAAGAGAGGAAGAGGUGAAAUUUGAGGAGAUUGAAAUGAUUCCAAAGUCCGGAAAAUCUCCAGCAGACUCACGGAAAUCUGCCGGCAUUCAUGAGUUUGCAGCGCUUGCCAGAUCCUCCUUGAAUGGUAUCUCUCAGGCAGUGAGAGACCACAUGACAAAGCCCACCUCGCUGGCUCAGGGCCGGGUCGCUCACCUCAUCGAGUGGAAAGGUUGGCCUAAACCUGCAGCUCCUUCACUGGCCGCACACUCCCAGUUCAGCUCCUACUGCAAUCUGACUGAAGGGGAGAAGGAGGCUCGUUUUGCUGCAGGAGUGGCCGAGCAGUUUGCCAUCGCGGAGGCUAAGCUACGUGCUUGGGCAUCUGUGGAUGACGAUGAUGAGGAAGAUUUCAAUGAUGAAGACUCCCACAUCAGCGGACAGACUCACACGGUAUCCAGCCAAAACUCAGAAGCCACCAUCUACAGUUCCACCUCUGGAGCACCGCCCGGGGUGGACCGCACUGAGACGCCACCAUCCGAUGGUCCCCUGGGCUCCCACAACAGCAGCCUGCCCUGUGGCAGGCUAGCAACUGAAAAUGCCCCACAGUCAUCACAGAGCAACUCACCCACUUUGCCCAGCGACUCCAUGAGUACGUGCCUGGAGGAGGAGGAGGAAGAGGAGGAGAGGCUGGACAGCCUCGAGGAGCAGCCGGCUCCUUUGCAGGAGCACCGCAGCGAAGUGUGCAUCCACAGCAAGCCCGAGUGGAGACCGAGGUGCAGGAGCAGCAGGUUUGACUCCUGUUACUCCACCUCUCACUCCGAGUCUCCUGGAGAGGAGGACGAGGAAGACGAGGAGGAGGAGGAAGGCAGCGUGUUUCACGAGGUCCGGGUGUGGCACUGCAGCCCCAGGAGCUUUUUCUCUGACCGGGCGUCUUCCGGGGUGGCGUCAUUCGAUGAGGAAGAAGAAGAGAGAGAAGAAGCAGAGGGAAAAAAAGAGUAUUUGAUGUGAUGUGUCGUCCACCUUUUUGUCCCCUUGAGUCUGUGUUGAUUCUGGAUAUUAUGCUUCAUCCUUACACCUCUCCUCCUCCUCCUUCCUCUUCUCCUUCCUCCUCCACUCAUUCUGUCUCCUGUCUCUCAUCCUCCAGGCCUUUCAUACUGAUCUUGCUCCACUGUUUAUCGCUGCUGUAAACAGUCAAUAUGUUGAGAGAGUUCAAUCAGAAUGUAAAGCUGUUGUUCACUAAGUUUUGUACGUUUAUUUUUUGUGUGUGUGUGUGUGAACAGUCAUGUGUUGCUAUUGCAUUGGUUUUCUAUGGAUAUUUUCUAGUGUUGUUUCCUCUGGGUCACGCUGUGUCACGUGGGUUGGGCUCUGUUUGAUAUUGAAUGCCUGAAUGUCUUGCAUAUAUAAAUAUGAGUUUUUGAAAGAAGA